UGCUGGCAUUAGUUAUAGUGCCUGUGAUAUCUGUGGUUGUGCGUAAGUUUGGGCGUUUUCUUCGGGAACUUUCCCAUAAGACUCAGGCUGCAGCUGCUGUAGCUGCUUCAAUAGCUGAGGAAAGUUUUGGAGCUAUACGCACCGUACGGUCUUUCGCUCAGGAGGAAUAUGAAAUUUCUCGCUAUUCAGCUAAAGUGGAUGAGACCUUGAAGCUCGGUCUCAAGCAAGCCAAAGUUGUUGGUCUCUUUUCUGGUGGAAUGAAUGCAGCAUCCACGUUGUCGGUCGCCAUUGUAGUACUCUAUGGAGCCAACCUCACCAUCAAGGGAUCCAUGACAACUGGGGAGUUGACUUCUUUCAUCCUUUACAGCCUUACAGUUGGUUCGUCAGUCUCGUCCCUAUCGGGAUUGUAUACGACAAUGAUGAAAGCUGCAGGUGCGAGCCGGAGAGUUUUUCAGCUUCUCGAUCGGGCCUCAACUAUGCCGAAAUCUGGCGAUAAAUGUCCCGCUAGUGAAAAAGAUAGUGAAGUGGAACUCAAUGAUGUCUGGUUCGCAUAUCCUUCACGUCCCAGUCAUAUGGUAUUGAAGGGCAUUACUUUGAAGUUGAUGUCUGGAUCAAAGAUUGCUCUUGUCGGACCAAGUGGCGGUGGAAAGACUACUAUAGCAAGCUUGAUUGAGCGUUUUUAUGACCCCAUUAGGGGUAAAAUUCUAUUGAAUGGAGUCCCUCUAGAGGAAAUAUCGCAUCGUUAUCUUCACAGACAGGUGAGCAUAGUGAGCCAGGAGCCUGUCCUCUUCAACUGCUCAAUAGAAGAAAAUAUUGCUUAUGGCUUAGAUGGAAAAGCGAGCAGCACAGACAUAGAAAAUGCAUCUAAAAUGGCAAAUGCGCAUGAAUUUAUCUCCAAAUUCCCCGAACAAUACAAAACAUUUGUUGGUGAAAGAGGGAUCAGACUUUCCGGAGGCCAGAAGCAGAGGAUAGCUAUCGCGAGGGCUCUACUGAUGAACCCGCGAGUUCUUCUCCUAGAUGAGGCUACGAGCGCUCUCGACGCCGAGAGCGAAUAUCUUGUUCAGGAUGCUAUGGAUUCCUUAAUGGAGGGAAGAACGGUGCUCGUGAUAGCGCAUCGGCUGUCAACGGUUAAGAGUGCCGACGUCGUUGCAGUCGUGUCGGACGGACAGAUAGCGGAAAGUGGGACUCAUGAUGAGUUACUAAGCCAGAAUGGGAUCUACAAUGCACUUGUAAAGAGGCAGCUACAAGCAGCCAAAGUUGAAAUUUAGAUUUAUGCUUCUCCUGGGCAGUACAUGCAAAAAAGCAGCAAUUAUUUUUCUGCUGAUUCUUAAAGGCUGAGAACUGCUUAAAGGCUGAGAACUGGUUUAGAUGACUUAUUGGAGAAGACAUAAUGGAUCUGAAAGCCCAAAUGGGAGAUGGCAAUUUUUUUUGGGUUAGACUAAUUUUUUUUAUCAAAUAUAGUGAGUUUUAUGAUUAUCAAAUUUAUUUAUGAUUGAUUAGUCAUUUAUUGUAUUUAUGUUUAAAAGGAUUUGAUGGUUUAAGAGCUUUUGGUGAGAUUAAAUUUGGAUCAGAUAUCUGAUCAAGAUGAGGAGCUGUGAACCUUGAAUUGUAAAUUAGUUUGUUUCUGAGGAAGCAAUGUUAGCCUGCUGUUAUGGGUUAGGGUUGUGAAACACAUAUCAUGUCAUAAAAAAU